GCUAGGCUGAUGGACCUGGGCGCCAGCCAGUCUCUCCAUGGUGUGUGAAAGUGGGUGGUGCGGUGCAGGCAGCGAGUGUUGCUCAGCGACAGGCAGGAGACAGCAGGAAGGAAAGGCGGGUUCAACGAGUUUGUUACGAAGGAAGCAGUAGAAGGAGGGGGAGCUGCCUGCCCACGGUUCACAGUAUCCGCCUAGAGCCACACACGCUCGUGCUGCGCCUGCGCAGAAGAAGGAACAGGAUUGGUCUAUGGGGCGUCCUCAACUUGUUUCAACCAAUCCAGAUGGGCAGGGGGUGGGUCCUGACUCUCACUGGCUGGCGCUGCGUCUGCGCGCGGGUUUCGUUGUACCUCAGCUGUUCGCGCGUGUAGUUCGAGCUAGCGUCAUGGAGUCAGGGUUGAUUGGACGCUUAGCCCGACGCCUGGGCCUCACUGAACCCGAUGUGCUUAGAAAAGCAGAGGAAUAUUUGCGACUGUCCCAGGUGAAGUGUAUUGGUCUAUCUGCACAUAUCACAGAAACCAGUAAUGCAGUCAUGUGCCUGGACCUUGCUGCUUCCUGGAUGAAAUGCCCCUUGGACAGGCCUUAUUUAAUUAAACUUUCUGGUUUGAACAAGAAGAUGUAUCAGAGCUGUCUUAAAUCUUUUGAGUGUUUACUGGGCCUGAAUUCAAAUGUUGGAAUAAGAGACCUAGCUGUACAAUUUAGCUGUACAGAAGCAGUGAACAUGGCUUCAAAGAUACUGCAAAGCUACGAGUCCAGUCUUCCCCAGACACAACAAGUAGAUCUUGACUUGUCCAGGUCACUUUUCACCACUGCUGCACUACUUACAGCAUGCAAGAUUCUAAAGUUAAAAGUGGAUAAAAACAAAAUGGCAGCCACAUCUGGUGUAAAAAAAGCCAUAUUUGAUCGACUAUGUAAACAAUUAGAGAAGAUUGGGCAGCAGAUUGACAAGAGCGAACCUGGAAAUUUAUCUAGUCCACCCCAAAAGAAAAAGAAAAUAGUGGUUGAACCACCAGUAAAGGAACUAGAGAAAGUAGUAGAGAUCCCACAUACAUCUCAGAAAGAUGAAGAUCUGACACAGGAUUAUGAAGAAUGGAAAAGGAAAAUUUUAGAAAAUGCUGCCAAUGCUCAAAAGACUACAGCAGAGUGAUUGCAGUUUCUAGACUGGUAUGUGCUGCAAACCUAUAGUACACUCCCACUUCCAGGAAGAUUUUAGGACUUUGAAAUUUUGUUUGAACAAGGAUCCUAUUGCCUUUAUAGUAAAGAAGCCAGCACGAGGGCUGAGUUCUGUUCUGGGCUAUGUGCUGACUCCUGCCUGGCAACAUUAAAUCAACUACAGUGCCUCAGCUCGCCACAGGUCUCCACUCUCCCACAAAAUGUAAUUGGAGUGGUUUUGCUUUUCAAUUGUGUUAAACUAAAGGCAGUUUCCUGUUCUAUCUGGAAUAUAAAUUUCAGGGUGAAUGGAAUUUGACUGAUUCUACUCUUUUGGUUUGACUAAAUAUAUUGUACAACCUAAAUUAAUAAAUGUUAUUUUUGUAUAUACUCAGAUUGCAGUUGUCAUCAGUUUGGAAGAAUCCCUGUUAGGCCAGAAUCUGUCCAUUCUAGCAGGGGAAAAGACCAAGUUGCUGUACACUGAGCCUCACUGCUCAGUAACACCCAAGCUCAAGUCAGAUUUUGUAGGUUUAAAACCCUGCUCAGCUACUCACCACCUGUGAAACCUUGAGGUAAUUAACUUCCUAGACCUUGUCAAUAAAUUAGGAGUAAAAGUGGUAUUACCUCAAAGAAUAAUUUGGAGGAAUUUAUCAGAGCCUAAGGCUAGCAGAGAACCCACUAUGUGUAAAUAUUGAGUGUAGAGAAGAGCUCAAGACUUUAAUAAGCCUGUUUCUUCCUUUAUAAAAUAGAAUAUCUGCUUGCGAGGAUUAAAGUUAAUGCUUGCAAAAUGCAGGAUAUAAGCUAUCCACUAAAUAGUAGCUUUUGUUGUUAAUUUGAACUAAAAUGAAUAAGGGGAUCAUCCCUGUUUAUUUUCAAAACAUAAACAUCAUUUGUUGCCAAUAUUUAGAUUUCUAGCUUUGAGCCAAAAGCAUUGUGCUUGGCAAAUGCUUUACCACUGAGCUAUACCCCCAGCCCUCAUAAUCUUUUACUGUAAAAUUGUAGUAAAAUAUAGUUUUUCAUCUCAACCUUUAAGUGUACUGUUCAGCAGGAUGUAGUCACAUUGUUUUGCAACCAGUCUCCAGAAUUUUUUUCAUCUUACAAAACUGCCAAUUGAAUAAUUCCCCAUUAUUCCCUCUCCCAGCCCCCAGAAACAUUCUCUCUCUGAAUUUGGGUACUUCUGUAAGGUGUUUCUUUAAGAUUGAUUUAUUCCACUUGGCAUAAUGUCUUUAAGAUUUAAAAAUAAGUAGUGUUUACUAAGGUUACAUUUUGCAGUGUGUAGAUUUUAACCCAUUAAGUCCUGAGUUUUUCAAUCUGUGAACAUAAUAUUCAAAUAUUAUUUCAAAGUAACUAUAAGUGGUACAUUUAAUUUUCAG